UCCCAGAAUCCCCCGCGCCGCUCGGACAGAAGGUGACAGGGAAGAUGGCGGCGGCCUUCCUGACCCACCAGCAGAAAGUGCUGCGGCUCUACAAGAAGUCUCUGAGGCACCUGGAGUCCUGGAUCAUCUUCAGAGACUCGUACCGGUUCUACGCCUGCCUCCUUCGGGCUCGCUUCGAUGAGAACAGGAACGAGAAGGACCUGGUGAAGGCCACCAUGAUGCUGAAGGCGGGAGAGGAGGAGUUCUGGUCCAAUCAGCAUCCUCAGCCCUACGUCUUCCCGGACUCUCCUGGAGGAACCUCGUACGAGAGAUACGAGUGCUACAAGGUUCCAGAGUGGUUGCUGGACCACUGGCACCCGUCUGAGAAGGCCAUGUAUCCUGAUUACUUCUCCAAGAGGGAGCAGUGGAAGCAACUGAGGAUGCAGAGCUGGGACAAAGAGGUGAGCGCAGCACCUGCACAUUUUACUGUGAUUUAA